ACAGAAUCGGUUUUUAUUAUUUUAAAAAAACCCUAGCAUCUAUCAGUUGAUUAAUGUUAUUUUUUCUUGAAGUUUUACUAAGAUUUGUGUUUUUGCUCUGGUCUUUGUUGAAUCUUUAAUUCGAAUCUUCGGUUUAAUUAGAAAACUUACGUCUUUGUUCAUGCUAUUUGUGACUCGGUUUUUUUGUUGGUCAUUGUUUACAUUUGAAUUUUUUUUCUUCUUAAUUUAUCAAAUCAGUUUUUAUGCACCCUCCUCCCUACCCACUCUAUUUUGUACUCCCUCCGUCCCUCAUAGAUCUUCUCAAUUGCCUUUUUUCUUUGUCCACAAUAGAUCUUUUCAUUUCAUUUUUUAACAAUUAAAAUACCACAACUACCCCCACUUACUUUAUUUAUUACACCUCACCCACCUCAUUUAAUACACUCCACCCAUUUUUCAUUAAGGGUAUUAUGGUAAACUUUCACCUUUUUUCAACUCUCCUUAAAAACCACCAAAAGUCAAAAUGAGAACAUCUUAGGGGGACAGAGGGAGUAUUUUUUUAAAUGUAAAUGUUGUUUUUUUUUUUUGAAAUAUAUGAUCACAUUGCUUUUCAUACUUGCAGAUGCAUGAUGCAUUUCGCGGUCCUGCUUUUCUGACUAAAAUAUUGAGGCAAUAUCACUCUAACGGGAUCGAUCCAACAAAACCAUUAAGUAUAAUCAACCCGUGGGUAGUUAAAGAGCCACGUGAAGCGACAUUGAUGAGCAAUCUAUCAACUACUCGUGAAAUACUUGGACCCGGUAUGAUUCUCCUGAAGAAUUUCAUCAGCGUCAAGAACCAGGUUGAUUUAGUGAAAUUAUGUGAAAUGUGGGGUUUGGGUCCCGGGGGCUUUUACAUUCCCAGAGACCGAAAUGGAGAAAAACUUCGACUACAAAUGAUGUCUUUCGGGCGAAACUGGGAUCCAGUAACAAAGUAUGAGAAACCUUUUAGGAGUGAUGGUUCUAAACCACCACCACUUCCAUUUGAACUUAUUUCGUUGGCUGAAAGCGCGAUUCAAGUUGCUCAAGCCCAUCUGGACGGACUUCCUUUAAUGCACCCAGACAUUUGUUUAGUCAAUUUCUAUUCACCGGUCUACGGUCGACUUGGCCUUCAUCAGGAUUGCGAUGAAAGCUCCGAAAGUCUACAAAGAGGGUUGCCGGUGGUUUCGAUGUCUAUUGGGGACUCUGCAGAAUUCUUGUAUGGCCAUACCAGAGAUGCUAGCAAGUUAGACAGCCUUUAUUUGCAGUCAGGUGAUGUAUUGAUAUUUGGUGGCAAGUCUAGACUCAUAUUUCAUGGGGUGAAUCGAGUCUAUCCACACACUGCUCCUCAGGCAUUCAUAGACCAAAUAGCCCUUAAACCUGGCCGUCUAAACCUUACUUUUAGGCAAAUUUGAUCAUAUGCUCUUAUGCAUAUGUACCGUUUAGCUUCUUUCUUUCUUUCUUUCUUUCUUUCUUUCUUUUUUAAUUUAAAAAAUCUCUCUUCCUUGGGAUCUUGUGGGCAAUCUCAUCAUGUUUCUGCUACUGAAAUAAUUGCCCAACAUGCCAUAUUUUGUGCCUCUGUAGUAAUGUUUUUUAAGGUUUAUUUGAUGUGUACACUAUUGUACUCCCCCACUUCAUUAAUUUCUUUUUCAGAAUGAUUCUUUCUAAUAAAGCGAGUAUUUUUUU